AUGAGGCGUCUGUUGAAGGCUGAGCCCUACCUCGCCCCCCCGUGGGCGCAAAAGCUGAAGGCGAUUCCAAGAGAACGGUACUGUCUUGGCCUGCUGCCAACUCCUGUCCACAAAUGGAAGCCAAAGGGAGUGCCAGGCGAUUUGGACCUAUGGAUCAAAAGGGAUGAUCUUUCAGGCGUCAGCCUGAGUGGAAACAAGGUCCGGAAACUGGAAUUCCUUCUGGCUGAUGCAAAGGCAAAGGGCCAUGAUUGCGUCAUUACGAUUGGCGGCAUUCAGAGUAAUCAUUGCCGUGCCACAGCAGUUGCCGCCCGCUACCUAGACUUGGACAGUCACUUGAUUCUGCGGAACAAUGAGCGUGCAGCACAGAACGACCCUGGGCUUGUUGGUAACUUGCUCGUGGAGCGAAUGGUUGGGGCAACCAUACAUCAGGUUACGAAGGCCGAGUACCAGCGCGUGGGCUCAGAGGCACUUGUUGAGCAGCUAGCCCAACAGCUGAAGGCCGAUGGUCGCAACCCAUAUGUCAUCCCCGUAGGUGGCUCAAACUCGCUGGGAACUUGGGGAUACCUUGAGUGUGUGAAUGAGCUGCAGGCGCAGGUUGGAGGGGAAGGAUUCACGGACAUUGUUGUGGCAUGUGGGAGUGGGGCCACGACCGGUGGGACUGCCCUUGGAGUUCUGCUCAGCGGCUGGCAAGUUGAGGUGCAUUCCUACGGUGUCUGUGACGACGAGGAUUAUUUUUACGAUUUCAUUGAUGGUCUUUAUGCCGGCUUGGGCGCAACCAAAGACGUUAUUGGAAAGGACAGCAGGUCUAUGUUUCAGGCAAUACAGGCAAAGGGAGCAGGAUAUGCCUUGAGCCGUGAAGAGGAACUGCAUACUGUCCAGGAAAUAGCCCUCAGCACUGGCGUGGUGCUGGACCCAGUUUAUUCAGGAAAGGCGGCACAUUGUUUCUUUGAAGACGUGAGGACAUCGCCUGCCAAAUGGAGUGGCAAGAAAGUGCUGUUCAUACACACAGGAGGACUCCUGGGCAUGUAUGACAAGACCGAUCAGCUCCAGCCUAUGGUGGAGGCGCUCGACCGGCACCACAGGUUGCAGGUGCCAUCUUGA